GACUCUUGGGAUCCCGCAGAUUUGGGCGGCGGUUUCUUGCGUAGCAAAAAGCGCAAUCAGUUGACAGAUGCAAGAUGGAGACGACGAUGGAACACAGAGAUUCACAUCGCACGAACUCAGAGACGGCGAGCUCCGAUCUCGCAAUCAAUCGGCGUGAAGUCCCCCCAGGGGAUUCUUCAACUGAGAACCUAAUUAUGGCCAGAAGCGCCGAGUUGCUUGUUAAAAGCUUCCACGCAAUCUCCAUAUUGCCUUCCGGCGCUCCAGCAGAGCUCCCACGGGAGUUGAACGGUGCUGCAAUGUGUGAGGCGUGCGGCCGGCCGGAAGCAGAGGGGUGUGUGGUGGUUUGUGACGGCUGUGAGCGAGGGUUUCAUGUCCAUUGCUCGGGGAUGACGGAGGUAGAGGCAUCUAAAUUGGAGGAAUGGAUGUGCAGGAAGUGCUCAGGCAGUGGAAGGCGGAGUAAUCAUUGGCAUUUGGGAUGGAGGAACAAAAGGAGGCGCCUGGGCACUGGUUUUGCUUUAGAUGUGAAUGGUGGAUCGCCUCAGGGUGAUGCGAAUGGAGAAUGCUGCAACAGUUUUGGAUCUCAACUAGCAACUGAUUCAUUGAAGCCCCAGUUUGUGCACCCAAGUUCUGGGGCUGUAGGUACCAGUUUGAAAGGCCUCAUUGAAGAAAAUAAUACAACCAUGGGAUCAUCUACCAAGGAUCAGAGCGCAACAUAUUUGCAAGACCUUAAAGAGUAUCUUAAGGGAAAAAAUGAGUUGCUUGCGGAAGGGUGGCGCGUGGAAUUUGACCAUAACUCUGUCACAGGAUUGCUAUGUCCAGUUUAUGUUUCUCCAGAUGGGAAAAGAUUAUGGUCAGUUUCAGAAGUUGACAGUUAUCUUAAAUCAAUUAUAGCUAACAUGCCUUCACAAUGUGGAACUGGAAAAUAUGAUAAUGGACUCCCUAUUCAGUAUGGAGAUUUCUAUGUUCUCUCGGUUGGAAAAGUUGAUGCUAGACACUCUUAUCAUUGUGAGAAUCAGAUUUGGCCUGUUGGUUAUAGUUCCUGCUGGCAUGAUAAGGUCACGGGAUCACUUUUCACAUGCCAUGUACUGGAUGGAGGUGACUCUGGGCCACUGUUUAAAGUCACAAGGAGUCCAUGCUCCACAUUACCUAUUCCAGAUCCAAUGAAAAUCCUAUAUCAAUCCAAACAUGAUAGGACAAAUGAGAGAAGUUAUGUUUUGCCCUCCCAGUCUAUGGAUGACUUGAACAUAUAUUCAAUGCUUGAAGAAGCACCGGCUCCCUUGGAAAAGGAUGUUUUAUCCUGUCUUGGCCAUAGUUCCAAUGAUCAUUCGAACAUGCAAGGAUCACCAUGCUCUACUGCUUUGGCAUGGAGAACAAUGUCCAAUAAAAUCCUGAAUGUUUUCCGUGAAGUAUAUACCCAUAUAGGUGCUCUUAAGCUCUUGUGCAAUCAUGCUUUAGACCAGUCAAAAUCUUCUUAUGAUGUUACAAAUGGAGAAGUUGCAUUGAAAUAUACACCUUUAGAUCAUUUUUAUGGUUUUCCAUACAACCUCAACAUUCCUCAUCUUAUUCAAGCUGACAAGGAGCAUGAAGUGGUGGCUGAAGAGUUACUGAAGUGGCUAGAUCAAGACAGGUUUGGCCUUGAUGCUGAAUUUGUACAAGAAAUCAUAGAGCAAAAGCAGGACAUCAGAGACAUUUUUGGCUAUGUUCCUUUGAAUAAGAGGAGUUCAUUCUCGUCAUCCAUUACUGUUGGAAAUGGUCUCCUAGAGGUUAGAGCUAUAGAAGCUGAGAACAAAGAUGGUAGAUCCACACCACUUGGUUUACGAACUUUUAAUGAAGUGAGUAUUAGAAGGAUUGAUGAGGACCUGUCAGAUACCUGCUCUCUUCCUCGUGGGAGGUCUUUUAGCACCACAAUGCCUUCCCUCUUUCUUGGGGAUGCAAUUCAGGUAUUCGAGUUUUUUUGGCGCUUCUACAAAUUGUUAGGUCUAAAAGAGCCUCUCACAUUUGAAGAUAUUGAGGGAGAACUAAUGAAUCGAUGGCAUCAUGGAGCGCUUUUUCUCAAGAAGGUUGAAGGGGAAAUCCACGAAACUCCAUUUCUAAUUCAAAACGAGAUUGCUGGCACCAAAGGACACAUUUCAGUAUCAAGUUCCAGUUAUGGUCCAGAAGUAGAUAUCAAAAAUCCAGAUUCAGUUGUCAAAAAGGAACCAAAAUUGAUGGAGAAAGGUUUUCCAAUGGAGCUACAGUUGAUUAAGUCUAGCAAAUGCUCAGGUUCUGCCUUGCCUAUGGCUGUUAUCUCUAUGUUGCAAAUUCUGAUAAGUGAUCUUCAAACAAAAGUUGCAGCAGUUGGCUAUCUGAAUUUUGAUAUUAGUGAACCCAAAAAGCGUGGGAGAAAGAAGGAUUUGGACUAUGAUACUACUUCCAAAAGAAACAAACUACCUAUGCUUCCAUGUAAUGAACUAACAUGGCCAGAAUUGUCUCGGAGAUACGCUCUAUCGAUGUUGUCAGUGAAUGGGCACAUCGACUCAACAGAAACUACCACUCAUGAUACUGCACAAAUAUUCCGCUGUUUACAAGGCGAUGGUGGUACAUUAUGUGGCUCUUUGACUGGUGUAGCAGGAAUAGAAGCAGAUGCGUGGUUCCUAGCAGAGGCUAUGAAGAGAAUUUUUGGUUCAUUGGAUGAAGAGAGCGACCGUCUAGCUGUAGAUGAUGAUGAUGAUAUUGACAUGAAAUGCUUGGAAGAGCAUGCUACAGUGAGUGCGAGUGUUCCAGAUUGGGUUCAAGCCCUUGAGCCUGCCAGGAAGCUGCCCACAAAUGUAGGUGCAAGAAUAAAGAGGUGCAUCUUUAAUGCAAUGGAGGGAAGUCCACCAGAAUGGGCGAGAAAGAUCUUAGAGCAUUCUAUUAGCAAGGAAGUGUACAAGGGAAAUGCCUCUGGGCCUACAAAGAGAGCUGUCCUAUCUGUUCUUGAGAGAGCAAAUGGUGAAUAUAGUCCUCAUAUGCCCGUUAAUGAGAAAAAGAAAAAGUUCAUCUCAAUCUCCGGCUUACUGAUGAAGCAGUGCCGGCUUAUUCUGCGGAAAGCAAUGGCUGCUGAUCAAAGAAAGGUUUGCUGCAAUUUGCUAGGCAAGAGGAUAUCAAGUUACAACAGUGACGGUGGGACUAUCGGGUCUCCAGGAAUGGUUUCACGUCCUCUUGAUUUUAGAACCAUUGAUCAGAGAUUGGCAGCAAAUGCUUAUGAUGGAAUGCACAUGGCUUUCUAUGAGGAUGUAUGUGAGGUGUGGAACAAUGUCUUUCUUGCAUUUAAAGAGCAACCAGAGUUGCUUCAAUUAGCAGAAAACUUGGCAAAUGAUUUCAAUGCUUUGUAUGAAAAGGAAGUUGUAACUCUCCACCAGAAGUUGGCCAACUGUAGGAAACAGCAUUCUAUGGAAGCCAGUUUAGAGAAGAUGAUAAAGGAGAUUCUUUCCUGUGAAGAAAUUCCUAAAGCCCCAUGGGAGGAUGGAGUUUGUAAAACUGCAGCUAUCCACCAACAGCCGGAAAAACAUCACGGUGAAUUACCCCAUGCCUAUAUAGUACCAGUGGAAGAUCUGGCAACUCUAAUGGGAAAAAAGGAGUAUUGGGAGUUAAAUAUUGCGGAGAGAACUGCCCUGCUUAAGUUCCUUUGUGAUGAGUUGUUGAACUCAGCUCUCCUCCGCAUGCACCUAGAACGCUCUGCAGAAGGCUCUGUCAAGUUGCAUCAGAAAUUGCGUUUUGCUUUGAAGGAAUUGAAGGCAUUGAAACAAAGAGAAAAUUUUCUAGCCAAACACAUUGAUUAUAGCUCUCUUAUGGUUGGUUCAUGUGAUGUUGCAGUAAAUGAUUAUGAUGAUAUGUUUACAGAUGAUGCAGAAGGUGCUUCUCUAAUGGAUAUUGAUGGCCAAGUACAUGGGAGUUCUUCUACCAAUUCUUCUUCCAUUGGCCAGAAUAUGAAUGUACUUCCAUAUGAAGAAGAAACUAAAGGCCUGAAUGAAGUGAAUAAACAUGCCACAUAUGAAGAUAUCUCUGAAAUGCAUGCAGGAAAUCAUCCUUAUAUUCCUAAUCAUGAUGACAUAGAGAUAUGUCAUGCUUCUAAAAACAUGGAUGGCGAUAAUCUUGGACAAACUUUAAACUCCAUUACCAAUUUGCAGAAACAAUUACAGAAAGUGUCUUGUCGGGGUGAGUUUCUAGGCAUUGAUUUUGCAGGGAGAUUGUAUUGGGCUCUAUCAAAUACAGAUGCAAAACCGUGUAUGGUUGUCAAUGAGAAUGUGGGACUGCAGCCAGGAGACAACAUAACUCCAAGUGGUUCUAAUGAUCUGCGUCCUUUCUGGUAUGAGCGUUAUGAAGAGAUCUCAGUUCAUUCUUCCUGGUCUUGUUAUGAAACUGACUCUGAGAUUCAAAAGGUUUUAGAAUUUCUGAAAGAUGAUUAUCCACCAGAAAGACAGUUGAAGGAGUCCAUUUUGUGUUGGCAAAAGAAGAGGACUGAUCAUCCUCAGUUUGCUAAGUCAAUUAGUUCACCCCAAGAUGAAGUUUUAUGUGGUAAUAAUCUUGCAACUAGAGCUACCAGGCUAUUGGGAGUUAAGUAUGGUUCUGCCGUUGAGUUGGAAGCUACAGAAGAAUUCUGCAAGCAGCAGAGGGAAGGGGACAAUGCAUUUGAAAGAGAUAAUGGAAUCUACCGAUGUAAAUGCUUAGAGCCAAUUUUAUCUUUCAAACACCAUUGCAUUCAUUGCCAUCAAACCUUUGUCUCUGAAGGGGAGCCUCAGUUUCAUGUCCAGGCUAAGUGCAUAUAUUCUUUAGGUUUAGGAGGGCCCAAAGAGAAUGGCGUGGUAAUAAAAUCAAAAGCUCAGGGACCUAUAAGCGAGUGUUUCGAAGUGUCAAAUUCACUGUUUGUUCGAUAUGAAUUUGAUGGACUUGAUUGUCCGUAUAACUUGGAAGAUAUCUGCUCCAAAUUUGUAAUCAAAGAUUCUUCUAUGAAGGAAGUGGUUGCACAGAUUGGCCUUAUAGGUUCUAAGGGAACUCCAACCUUUGUUCCAUCCCUCCUCCCUCAUCUAAGUGAUCCCGCUUCAUUGCUAGUUCAAGUUCAAGAUAAUAUUCCUUGCCCCGAUGUCAACCACAACACAGAACAUAUAAUGAAGCCUGAUAUCCCGCCUCAACAGUUCCCAGGGAGAAUAAAAGCAUUGGUGGAACAAAGUGACACGUUGGGCCAUAAAGAAUCUGGAAUGCGUUCGAGGUUGGAAAGUGUCAAAUGCUUAAUUGUUUCAAAUUCUGCAUUAAGGCCUGUGGUAGGUGGUGAAGCUUCUCAGAUCUUGAGGCAGCUGAAAAUUAAUUUACUGGACAUGGAUGCUGCACUUCCUGAAAUAGCACUGAGGACGUCAAAAUCACAAAUAGAAAGGAGACAGACCUGGCGUGCAUUUGUUAAAUCUGCUGUGACAAUAUAUGAGAUGGUUCAGGCAUUGAUCGUGUUUGAAGAAUCGAUAAAGUCGGAGUACCUGAGCACUUCGUGGUGGUUCUGGUCAUCAAUCUCAGCAGCCGUAACGAUAUCCACACUGUCUUCCCUUGCUCUGCGUAUAUACUCCUUGGAUGCAGCUAUCAAAUAUGAACAGGUUGCAGCUAAAAAGACUAAACCAGGCAAGAAAGUAACAGCCAAGAAAAGGAAGGAUCUUCAAUAAUCAUGCAGUUCUUAUACCUUCUGGCAGUUGCUGGAUGACGUAGGUGAUGAAUAUGCAAGUGAUCUUUCCCUUUUGACAUUUAUUUUUGUGGUUUUAAUUUUUUGUUGGGCCCAGUUUUUUUUGUGACUAGUAUUUAUAGUAACAGGUUUAUUUUAUAAAUGUCGUCUUCCUUU